CGUGUUACAUGAACUAUGAAUGUUAGAUCCUUGGUGACAGCUUACCUGACAAAAAUACGUUGUGAUCAUUAAUUAAAGCAAGUUAAGACUUAAAUUUGGACUAUUAAGAUUGUUAAUAAUUUAAAGAAAUUUAGAAAAAGACCAGAUUAAUUAAGUAAAUCAACAUAAGCCAUGGAGAAUCUUCUAGAUGGUUGUCGCGUUUUGCUGGUUCUCAUUUCAGCGCACUUUGCUAGCGCUGGUCAGUGCUGCAAUUCAUACUACGACAUCACCUUCGACUACCACGACGCCAAGUGGUGCAGCUCCUACUGUUGCGGCGCCUCCACGUCCGGUGUGUUCCUUUCAACAUCCGUGGGGGUCCUCGAAUGUUGUGAUAACUUCCUGUUGGCAGCCAGUUCUGAAGACACCUCGUCGAUUUGUGCGGACUUCUUUCUUCAAAACAUUUGGGUCCCCAUCCUGAUCGCGCUUGGCGGCCUUGGAUCCCUGAUCUGUAUUUGUGUUGUGGUAGCAUGCUGUUGUCAGGGUGGCAAUCACAGAGGCGGCGUUGUCCAGCCUGCGCAACCACAGACCAGUUUAAUAAUGGUUGCCGGAAGUAGCAAUCCCCAAUACCCACAAGGUCCAUAUGGAGCCCAGCAGUACCCUCAAGGCACGUACCCACCCGGGAACCAGGCUCCAGGUUACCCGCCUGGAGCAGCCUACCCACCUGGAGCCGUUUACCCACCACCCGUGUACGGAGCAGGGACCCAAAGUGCACUUCCGCCCAAACAGAGCGCUGAUCAUCCAUCGGGUGCUGACCAAUCUUAAUAUGCUGCGUGUGCAUUUUCUAGCAAUGCGUGUUGUUCUAUUUCAGACUUAAUGUGCCAUAUAUGUUUAAAUUCUUGUUGGGAGUUCAUUGUUCAUCGUUUUUGUAUCAAGCGAAUCCCUGGAUGUACAUGUAUCCUUACUGUUAAUUAAUCACUUGGCUUUCAUGUAAAACUUGGUUUCACAUAAUGCUUGAAUAAGUUAAAAAUACAUUGUGUCGGGCUAUUAACUUUUGUGAACUGUAUCACUGUACUUGUGAGAUGUCAUUUUAGUCCCAGGCACAAUACACUCUUCAAAAUAAGUUUAAGACCACAUUUAAAGCGGCACUCUCACAGAUUGAAAGUUUUGACAACUUUUUCAUAUUUUGUCUUGGGACGAGCAAAUGUAUUCGAAAAUAAUGGAUACCAGUGGAAUAAGACUGCUGAAUUUAAAUCAGAUUUUAGAUUUUUAUUUUAACGUCAAAUAUUAAUGUUUUAUGCAUUUUUUCUUAAACCGUAAGUAACGCUUUCAGCCAUAAAACAUAAAUUUUCAAACGGAAAUAAGAAAAUCUUCGAUCUGAUCUUUUAUCACUGGUUUGCAGUUAUUUAUGCAAAAAUUGACUAAUUCCAAGACAAAAAAAAAUGUCACAACGGUAAAUCUGUGAGAUUGCAGCUUUUAGUGGGAAUAUUCUCUCAAUACCAUUAUAUAACCUUCAAUAGAAAACAACAAAAUCAAUACCAUUUCAAUGCUUUAAUUAGGAAAUCUCGGAGAAUCGACAUAUGAGAUCUAUGAAAUUUAAAGAACGGAUAACUUUAUGUAAAUAAUCAAUUAUUCAUUUUUUUUAUAUUUUAAUACGAGCGUAUAUAUGCUUUUGUUGACUCUUCGAAUUGCAUCACAACUAAAUGGUUUACUUUCGUACCAAUCGUUCAUACAUGUUCAUCCAUAUCUUUUAUAUGAUACUUGGGGUCUGUGUUGAAGUAAUCAUUAACUAAAUAUCUUCUAAAGAAAUGCUUGUUAACGGUAUUUACCGAUUUGAGUAAUUUCUAAAGUUGUAAAGGAACUGUCAUGUUCGUCGUAUUGUUUAUGUUGGAAACUUCAUAGUGCGUCGUGAUUCAUUAUUGCAUUUCCAAAACAUGAAUGCUAUUUCCGGCUUUUAUUAUUAUAUGAUAAUUACUUAUCACAUUCUAUGUUCAAUACAAACACGUAUUUAAUUGAUGUAUUGUAAUGUAUUGUAUUACUUGAUACAGUUACCUGGCAUUAUUGCAUUGCAAUAUUUGUAAUCUCCGCGCGUUCCAAAUUUUGAAUCCUAGGGUUAUGUAAAGUAUGUGUGUUGUGACAAUUGCAAAUUCUUCAAGGUUAAAUGGCAGUAAACUGAUUUCACCAUGACAACAAAUACUGCUCUGUCUUUAUAAUUGUAUGUUUUUCCCGUUGUUUAUUCAGAAUAUUAAUAGUUAUUUUCUCGACAGAAGUACUGUCUUUUGGACCUAGGGAUUCCUCGACUUAACCCAUUGGCUGAUAAAUUCAUAGUUUUUUUCUAUUGGUCAGAAUUCCCAAUUCCUAAAUUUCUAGCGGAGUGUCGGGCAUAUAAGCGGCGCAUUUUACGAAUCUUAAGAAUCAGUUCCUUUGGUAUGAUCUUUUGAUCAGAUCUCUUUUGGUAAUUUUCGAUCAGAAACACACACUGACUAGAUGCAAAGUAAAGUAAAUAUCCUCAAAUGGCUUUGCCAAUAAAGUAUGGGACAGUAGUAAAUUAAAAGACCAAUGCAUUAUAAAUUGCGCUGCUACUGUUAUUGAGAAACUACAGUUGCUUGAAGUUUGACUGUUUGAUUGAACUUGAACGAUAAGAGAUAUAAAUUAAAAUUUAUUGAGA